AGUAUGGCACGGCGACGGUAACCAAAAGUGGGUUUGCUGCUUUUUGUAUGUAAAAUUUCGGCGGGAAUAAUUACAACAAAAAUCUGCGAAUUACGUUGCUGGAGUUAUGAGCGUUUGACGACACGUUCAAUUUGCAGCGCCAGGAAGAUUGUUCGGCAACAAAGCGACCUAAAUAUGAGCAGCGACUUGUUACCCACCUGACACUUUUCCGAGCAACGCCAAGUAACGAGUGCAUCAUGUGGGGUGCAUCGGAGGAACCAUCAGGCACGAUGGAAAGUAGUCCACCCGAGGCUGUGGCACAUACAAAAGAGACAUGUGAGCAAAACAAGAAUCAACUGGAGUCUCUUAAGGAGAUCAUGAUAAGGAAUCAACAAAGUUUAAAGAAGAAAGAGGAAGAGGUUCAGGAAUACGCACGAAGAUUGUCAAAAAUCAAAUCUAGAGCAAAGCUAUCACGACGUAGCAAAGAAGGAGCCUCAUCAUCUAAAGAUACGGCGCAUAAAUCUGAAUCUCAAACAAAGAAUGUGCCGGAGGAAGUGAUCGAUGAUAUAAGUCAAGCAAAAACCCCAAAAGCAAAGUCUUCUUUGCUUCAGCGAAAAUUGGCUGAAAACAGAAAAGCGUUCGAGCAACGUAGCAGAGAACUAACGGAAACAAAACGGGCAGUGGAAGAAAAAGUGGAAGCCAUCAGACAGAAAUUAGAUGAAACAGAUUUAGCUGCUGCAGAUCAAUUAGCUGCCACACCAAUUAGGCCUCUCAUGAUCACUUCCGAUAUGAUGGCAUCAGUUCAAGCUCAAGACCUUCAAGAAAAGGACAAAAAGAUUAAAGAAUUGAACAGUAAAGUCCUCGAGCUAGAAGCAACCAUUCUCGAUCUUCAAGAAAACAUCAAAGAAAAGGACUCCGUGAUUGAUUCCAAGACGAAAGCGGUCACUCUUAUGUCUGCAGAUCUCUCCAAGAAGGGUAAAACAACGCUGGACACUCUCGAAGACACGAAAGACGAAAUGCGAACGAUGCAAGAAAAUUUUGUCUUAAUAGAAACGUCUUUAAAAACUAAAAAUACCAGUCUUCUUGAACAAUUGCAAGAACGAGACAACAGAAUAUCAGAAUUGGAGCAUACAAUCACUAGAAUCGAGGACCAACUGAAGGAACAAAAAAUAGCUGAAACGGCAAGUGCGGAUUUCUCGCGUUCCACUAUGGAUACUUUAGCGGAAACCAAAGAUGCGAUGAAAUCGAUGCAGGAAACUUUCGUUCUUAUCGAAUCUUCGUUGAAGAUGAAGAACGACAAUCUUCUUCAGCAACUCGAAGAUUACGAGAUGAAACUCGCAGAAGCGAGAAACAGAAUAUUUCAGUUGGAAUCGGGUGCUGGCAUAGCGGCAUCUCCAACGGUCGAGGAUCUGCAAUUUAAGAUAGAGAAAUUGGAGCAAAACAACCGGCAGCUUUUAGACGAAAAAUACGAGUUGCAAAAAAAUGUGGCCGAAUUGCAAGAUAAGAUUAUCGCUACGAAAUCUGUUCACGGUAACGAUGCGAUUAUUGAAAAAGACAAUAGAAUAGCGGAACUCGAAAAUUUGAUAGAGGAACUUAAACACUCGAACGAGUUGUUGAAAGAAGAAUCAAAAGCUGAACUGCAGAAGCAGAUAACCGACUUGUCGUCUAAGAACGAGGAAUAUUCCAACAGGAUUACCGAUCUCGAGAAUCAAGUUCACGAAAUCGAAACGGAAAGGAACGAUAUCGCAGCGAGAUUGUCAGCCGAGCAAACGGCGCCUAAAGAAGACGACGUGGUCCAAAGGUUGACGAAGGAAUUGGAGGAUUUAAAUAAAAAUAUGAUUAAAUUAAAGGCUCAACAUAAAAGCAAAGUGAAAAACCUGCAGAAGCAGUUGGAUAACUUUAAAAUGGUAUCUGAUACGAAUGCAGAACUCGUUAGACUGGACAAUCAAGUGGCAUUAUUGGAAGAAGAGAAAGCUUCGGCAGGAGAUUGGCAAGAACGCAUUGCUGACCUGGAAAGUAAAGUUGCGUCUCAGACAAAAGAUAUACAGAUGCAUAUCGAGGCGAUCGCCAUCUUAGAGAAUCAAAAGUUAGACUUGACGCAAGAACUUCAUACGGUGAAGCAGGAAGUUUCGGCUCUGGAAGCCGAAAACGCGGAGUCUGAAAAUCUUCGAGUGACCGCCGAGAUGAAAGUCGUCGAACUGGAGGAGCAGUUGGAAGCUAUGCAACAGAGCAAGGAAUCGAGGGAUAACAAACUCGAGUUUCUGUCCGAGUCCGAAUACAACGAGCUUCUGAAGAAACUCGAUGCUCUCACCCAAGAAAAUUCUGAAUUGUACAACAAGUUGAGCAAAUUGGAGGAAAAAGGCGCUUCGGACACGGGCUCGACCGAAUCCUUCGAAGCCAUUCACGUGAAUGACAGGAACGAUCUGUUGAAGAAGAUCGAAGAUCUGGAGCAGAAGAACAACGAAUUGACGCUCAAGCUAACGAAGGAGAAGGAUGGCUCGCACGCCGGUUCCACGGAGUCAUUCGAAACUAUAAACGAUACCGAUCGUCACGAGAUGCUCAAGAAAAUUGAGCAGCUGACGCAGGAGAACAGCGACCUGACCAUUAAGUUGAGCAGAAUCGAAGAGAAGGGAUCGUCCGACACCGGUUCCACGGAAUCUUUCGAACGCAUACCGGAACAUAACGACAACACGACCAAGAUUGAAUUACUUACUCAGGAGAAUAACGAGCUUGUUGUUAAACUUACAAAAUUGGAAGAGCAGUUGAGCCAAAUGGAGAGUAACGUUCCGUUGGACGUCUGUAAGAUCGACAACUUGAAUCAGCUUAAAGAUGAUUUAAGAUCGCAGAUCGACACGCUCGCACAAGAGAAGCAUAACUUGAUGGCGGAGAUUUCCAAUCUUCAGACGCAGGUGACGGAUCUAGCGGAGAAGAAUAGCAGAUUGCAAGAUCGCGUAGAAGAGUUGACGACGGAGAAUGAGGAAUUGGCUACAAAUCACACGAAAUUAAUGAAGGAACGUCUUGACGCGGAGUUGUUGCAGUCGGUGCAGGUGAUAGCGUCUAACGAUCAAAUUAAUAUUCUAAGAGAGAGGAUACAGGUUCUUGAAAAGGAACUGGACCAGAUGCAGGAAGCUGCGAUAGAACAGUCGGUCAACGUGACGUCGUGCGAAACCGAUGACGCGAAGUCGAUUGUCAGGACGCUGGAGAGAGAAAAGUAUCAGUUGAGAGGAAAAAUCGAACAACUGGAGCAGUAUAACGAUUUACAGCGAGAAGAAUUAGUUAAACUAGGCAAGGAGAAUGAAUCAAUGCUCGAAAGACUGAAGCGUUUGGACUGCGACGAUUUUCACAAAGAGAGGAUGGAACUUAUCAAGAAAUUGGAAGAUCUGUGUAAAGAGAAAGACAACGUUGCUCGUGAGAGGCAGGAGUUGCAGGAUCAAAUCAGCACUCUCUUACGUAAAUCGUCUGAGGAAAUAUCGGAAAAGCGAAAAGCAAAAGAGACGGUUAGUCAGGAAACACAGACCGUGAUCGUAGAAUCUUUGGAAGAGGAACUGGAAAACAGUAAAUUGUUGAUCGCGGAGUAUAAAAAUCAAAUAGAAGAGAUGAAUUUGAAACUGCAGAGCAUGGAGACGGAGUUGCAAGAGAAAACCAAGCAAGCGCUCGAGUUUGAGAAAUCGACUGAGAAGCUUGAAGCUUUGGAACGUGAACUGAAGGACAUGUUUGCCACCGCGGAAGAAUGGAAGUUCAAGUACGAAGAUAUGCAAGUAAAGAUGCAAGCGCUGGAACAAGGAAAGGCGUCGAUAGAAGAAACCUUCAAAACUCUGGAGAACGAUAACAAAGAACUGUUGGAGACUGUAAAGGCGAAAGAUAGAGUGGCGUUUACUUUGCAGGAACAGCUUCAAGACGUUACGAAUUCGUUCGAGACAAAGUUGCAAAAUGAAAUAACGAAUGUAACCACAAAAGAAAGCGAAAUCGCGGAAUUAAAGGCAGAACUUGAGAAGAAAAAUCAAGAAUUGUAUAACAAAUACGUGCAGUUGCAAAACGGAAUGAUUGCAAUAGACAAUUUGCAAGAGGAAUUAAACAAUUGCUCGAUCAAGCUUAAAGAAAACGAUGCCGCAAUGUCGUCGCUGUUAGCGGAGAUCACGAGACUGCAGAACACAACUCAAGAGAAAGAUAACGAAGUUCAUGAUCUUAAAUCCAAUAUUAGCCAAAUCACUGAGGCGUUGCAUCAAUCAAAGCCACUAACAGAAUUCAAUGAAAUAGUAGAGAAUUUACGAGUUAAGGAAACAAAUUAUAUCGAGUUGCAGAACAAAUACGAAGAAAUCGUGAAGGAAAACAAUGAGCUACGGCAAAAGAUUGAGGACGUUGAAAACGAAUUAAUUAAGAAGGAAGAAACAAUCGAUAGUUUGCUUGUAGCUAAAAAGAAUUUGGACGCACAAAUUGAAAACUUGAAGAGCAACGAGACCGAAGCUGAAAAACGAAUCUGGGAACUGCAAGUGAUUUUGGACAAUCAAACCGCAUACGCUAAGGAACUGCGAUCAGAACUGGCGGAUGAAUACAAGCAGAUGGAAGGUCUUAAGAAACAGCACAUAGAGGAAAUAACGAUGCUGAAUCGAAGAUUGCAAGACGUUAUCGAGGAACUGGUCGAGAAAACGCAAGAAAAUGAGGCUAUGAAGAUCAAUUUGAAACAGGAAGAGAAGCCGGUAGAAAAUAUCUUCACGGAAGAAAUGAAGAUAAAAUUGGAAAACAAGAUUGCGGAACUGGAAGUGACGCUUGCAGAAUCGGAGAAUAAAUUGCAGGUGCAAUCUGAUAAAAUGAAGAAAAUUGUGGCGACUUUCAAUAAGAAGAAGGCAGCGUGUCAAGAACUUGAAGCGCGAGUCGCCGAACUCGAAGAGAAAUGGACCACAGAGAAAGACGAGAAGGAAGUCAAAAACAAACAAGUACAAGAGGUGGAGAAUUCCAUGCGGGAGAAGGACAACAAGAUCGCCGAUCUGGAGGGGAAGUUGGUGCAAGCGCAAAACGACACUGCGGAAGCUCUUACGAGUUCUGACAAAUUUUCAAACGAGUGUAGCAGUUUGAAGGAAAAGAUAACGAUAUUGACGGAACAGAACGCGGAGAUGGGCGAAGAGAUCGAGAGACAACGCGCCGAGAUCGAACGAGUCAUUGACGAGUUGGCGAGGAAGGAAACGGCGAGGGAAGACAUUGCCAGGGAGUACGAACUCUACAAACAGACUACGAACAAAGAGAUCGAACAGAAACAGGCGAUUCUGGAAGAGAUAAAGGAAGAAGCGCGAGAACUGAGAGUGCGCAUGCAAGUAAUGGAGACCGAGUAUGUGGAACAACUUGCCACGAUAAAGAAUCUGAUGGCGGAAAACGGUCUCUUGUCGUCCAAACAGGCGCAAAUCGACGAAAAACUCGAAAACGCCGAGAAGGAAUCGGAAAAACGUCGUGUCGUGAUCGAGCAGUUACAGAAGGAACUUGCAAUUAUGACAACAGCAGCAACUGGCCAACCUUCGGAAUCGAAGGAGGACGACGUCACGCAACAUUGCGACCAUUCCGAGCAAUGUCAGAAUCUUGUUCAAGCUUUGGAGGCGCGUCUGCAAGAGCGUCAAGCGGAGAUUGAAAAUCUGAACAACGAACUGGCCAAUUCGUACGGCAAUAUUGUAUUGCUUCACGACCAGUCGCAGAGAUACAAUAACAUGAUGAUACAGACCGCUCAAGAGCGCUUCAAUCAAUCACUCAUGGAUCAAACCAAUUCCUUGCAACAGGAAAUCGAUUCCUUGAAGACAGAGAAAGCUGCGAGCGAACAGAGAAUCGCGGAAUUGGAAUCUGAGUUGGAAGAGUAUAAACGUAAGAACGUAGAAAGCAAAGUCGAAGUUCCCGAAACAGCUGAGACUUCUACCCAAAGCGACGAAAAACUGCAGGAGCAAGAUGUCGCCGACACAUCUGUUGCUUCGGAUGUUGAUAUUUCGGACAAAAAGGAAAUAGAGCGACUGGAGAGUUUACUGAACGAGACGGAAUUCCGAUGUUUCGAGCACGUGAAAGAAAUCGAUAUUUUACACAAGAAUUUAGACGAAGAGAGAUCGCGCGGCAACAAACUGCAGGAACAGUUUGAAGACUUGCAAAACGAGCUGAAGAGAAAGGAGCAUAUUCUUUCUGAAAAAAACACGCAGGUCGAAUCGUUGAUUGUGGAAUUAGAUAGAAUGUCUUUUGAGAUCGGCGAAUUGAUAAAGACGCAGGAACAAUAUCACACCGCUAGAGCGGAAUUAGAAAACUUCCAGCAAUUGAUAGACGAGAGGAAUGCGCAGAUAGAUUGGUUGAGUGCGCAAUUGCACAGGUCGUCUUUCGAUCUGAAUGAAUUGACGGAAUUGCGGGAACAGUACCGCGUCGCUUCAGCCGAAUCGGAAAAAAUGCAGCAAUUAUUAAACGAGAAGAAUGAGCAGAUAGAUUCGUUGAUUGCGGAUCAUCAGAAUGUAAUUCAACAGAUGAGCGCGCAAAUGCAGCAACAAGCGAAUGUAGAAGCUCAUCUGAGAAAAGAAAUUUCAUCUAGGGACAUCGACAUAGACGUGAUUAGUGCGGAACUGGCUUCCGCGAAAGAAACUGUGAAAGCGUUGACGGAAGAACGGGAUCAGCUAAGUCGCAUUUUGGAAUCUUCUUCUUGGAUUGAUGAUCUGAAGAGUAAAACACAAAAUGUCGACGACAUCGAUGUAAUACGAGAAUUACAACAACAUGUCUCAGCUAUUACAAAAGAGCGGGACAUGUUGCAGCUACAGUUGAAUGACUUAACACGCACACUGAAAGAAUCAGAGAUACGUAUUAAGACUCAACAAUAUUUACAAGUUGAUCUGCAGAACGCUUUACAUGAGAAAGAUAGAAGGCAAAGAGAUAUGAUAAGAUUCCUGCAACAAUUUCAACAUGCACCUGUUCCCUCUCAGGAAUUGAAAGUGUCCGAAACCUCUUCUGAAAACCAAAUGACUGCUCAACAAAUCUCAGAAUAUAUUAACGCGGCUAUGGAAGAAAUGAAUCAACCAAAAUACGUACAGGCAACACAGGCUUCUGUCGAGAAGAAAGUACAAGACGCGCAGUUGGACAUUGGCUCGGGUUGGGACAACGACCCGUCCGAGAAGGUCAACGACGACGAGGACUCUUGUGGCUGGAACACAGAGGAGAUUCAAUUGAGUGGCGAUGAGCAUUUGAUUUCAGGCACGGAACUAAAAUUGCGCAUACAAGUGGAAAAGUUGCAAGAUGAAAUUAGAGAUCUGGUAGCGCAGAAUGAAAAACUCGUUGAGGAGAACAAAGCGGCGCAGAUAAAGAGCGCUAAAUUGAUAAAAAAAGUCAAAGAGUACAAAGUGCAGAUAGAGAGCUUGCAGCAAGAGUUGAAGACGCAGAAGCAAGCUAACAAUAGCUUUUUCAAUCUGGACACGGCAAUAGAAGAGGAACUGAAAGCGCAGAUCGCCAAUUUGGAAAAAAGUCUCAACGAAAUCAAGGAAGAGAAGAAAAAUAUCGUUGCCGAGAAGGAAGCCUUACUGAAGCGACUGGAUGUGCUGGUAUCAGCUAACGACAGAUACAUGGAGAUGAAAGAAAAACAGGAUAUGGAAGUCGAAGUAUUGCGAAUUCAAAAUAAGGAACUAAAUAACAAGGUGCAAUCCUUAGAAUGGCAGUUACAGGAAAAUGCAACUAUCUCAGAGACUACCUCUACUUUACAACACGAAGACCAAGUGGAAUUGUCUGGUGAAGUCGGAAAUCAGGUUGAUCAACAUGGCCAACCCCGGAAAAGAUCGGUGGAGUCUGCUGACAAUUUCGAAGCUAUGUCGAAAAAGUAUAAAGAAGAGAUAGACGAUUUGAAAGACGAGCUGGAGGCGCUCGCGGCCGAAAACGAACAGUUGCAGCACUAUUUGGAAGAACAGAGAACAACGAUAACGAAUUUGGAGUCAAAUAAAGCCGACAAUACCGAACUGAUAGAGAAGGUAAAUACCUUGAAGAACCAAGUCGCGCAACUCCAAACCGAUCUAGACAAAAGCAAGAAGGAAUACGACGUUCUGAGGAAGCAAUACGAGCAGAGUCUGAUAGAUGCGCAUGACGAAGUGACAACAAUGCGCCAUAUCAAUGAUGUUCUCAAGACGGAAUCUAAAGAGACGAUAGACGAAUUACAAGCCAAGAUGGAAAAUCUACAAGAAGCUUUAAGGGAUAAAGAAGAUUUGGAAAACAAAAUCAAGUCUCUGAUGAAUUCGGAGGAAAAACUCUCGACCGUUAACACAUCUCUGAUAGAGGUUACGGAACUGCUUAACGCCAGAGUUCAAGAGGUCGCUGAUCUGAAGCAAGAGCUUCAGAUUCAGUAUGUAGAAAGACAGCAGGCUGAAGCGACGCUACAAUCGGAGAUACAGAACUUGACGAGAGAAUUGGAUGAGAAGAAGCAAGAAUUGGGAGUCUUGAGACAAUUGAUCAGCGACAAGGAACACGAAUUGGUGCAACAGAAAAAUGUGGAAACGGUGAACGCCAUUGUUACCGAAGCUACUCAGGAAUUGGUUCAAAAACACGCGAUCGAGAUUGAAGAGAGGAAUAAGGAGAUACACGAUCUGACGCAGAAACUGACGGCGUUGCAAUUGACAGUCGACGAGUACACCGAGACGUUGAAAGCUAGCACAUCUCAAUUGGAAACGCAGCAGGAACAAAUAGCGUAUCUGAAAGAAGAUCUAACGGAACGAAACUCAAUAAUAGGAUCUACUCAAGAUGGUAUAAACUCGAUAAACGAAAAAUUGCGAGAAAAGGAACAGGAAUUGACACUGUACAAAGAAGAGAAGAUAAAGCUCACGGCAGAAAUGGAUAAGUUCUUAGCUGAUCUUCAACGUUUGCAGAGUAAACUGAGCGAAGUGGAAGCAACUACAAUCGACAUAGAAGAGCACAACGCGCGCAUUAGUAAAAUGGAGCAAGAAAUUCAAGUUCUAAAGUCAGAGAAAGAAUCAAUCUUGCUGGAAUACGAUAAGGAGACAAAGACGUACCAAGUUUAUCUGGAAAACGAUAAAGAGGAAAUCGCAGCUUUGAAACGCGAUCUGCAAGAGAAGACCGAGCAAUUGCACUUGGUGAACUCGCAGUUGUGCGCCAAGAAGAACGAACUCGAACAAAUCGAGACCGCGAUGAGUAACAAAGAUUCUUUGUUGGACGUUGCGAAUCAAAAACUGAAUGAGAAACGAGUCGAACUGGAGAUGCUGCGUAACGAACAAAGUUUUCAGACAACCGAUAAUCUUUCUUCUGUGUCUAAGAUAGAUAAAGACGACGACGCCAAUCUACAAAGCACAAUAGACGAACUUAAAGCGCAAAUGGAAGCCAAGCAGCAAGAAUUGGAGCAUCUCAAAUACAUUUUGAGCGAGAGCACGUAUCCAACGAUUAUUCAACAGAUGCAAGAUAGAAUCAAUUGUUUGUACAACGAAAAGAUCACGUUAGAAUCAACUUUGCAAGCGACUACCCAGACCUUGACGGAGAAGCAAGAGCAAGUGAAUCUUCUAACGCAGUGUAUACACGGACAGAGUCACGAACAUAUUUCUAAGGAGGAAAUGGGUUCGCUCUCCAGAGAUCGAAGAUCCGUGCACGAUCAGGAGGAGAUCGGCAGGUUGCAGAACGAGGUGCACGCGAAGGAGCAAGAGAUCAACGAAUUGAAGUACAUCAUCGCCGAGAAAGAUUCGCAAUUGAGUCUUCAAGCGACCAUGGAACCGCAGUCGGACGACUUCGAGCUGCGUGAGACGAUACAAAGACUGACGGGAGAAUUGUACGGAAAAGAGCAGGAUGUUCAGGGAUUAAAAUCGACUAUUGCGGAAUUGGAAGAAGAGGUUCUGCGUCUCAAAAACUUUGAAAGGCUUUCUGAAGAGAGCAGAAACGCCAUCGAGAGGCUAACUUCGGAGAAAGAGCAAAUUCGCGUCGAGGCUGAAGAAUUCUUGAGGAAGGAAUUGCAUACGAAAGAAUUGGAGAUCGGCGAAAUAAAGCAAAAGCUGUCGGAGGAGAAUAAGAAGUUAAUGUCGGAACUUCAAUUGAGAGACAAUGAUAUCGAGAAUCUAAAGACGCAGUUGGAACAGUUGCGAGUAGUCGCCACCGAACGAGGCGACAAGUUGCAGAAAAAAGAGGACGAACUUAUGCACGUAUUCGACGAUCUGGCCGAGAAAGAAAGAAGACUGGCCGAGCUGAGUAUUACUAAAGACGCGGAACUUCACAAUCUCAAAAUGCAGAUUCGCGAGAAGGAUGCGCGUGUGGAGGAACUCGUUACGUUGUCCAUGGAAGAGGCGAAACGAGCGGACGAACUAAGACAGACCUUAACAGCCCAAGAAGAAGAGAUAAACAAGUUGAAGGAGUUGCUAGAGCAGAAGGUAUCGGAAUACGAGAUGAUACAGCACGCCUUGAAGAAAGAUGUGUCCGUCAUCGAAGCGGCGAUACCGAAGAGCGAUUCGGAAACCGCUGAAACGGCCGGAGAUAAUAAGGAGACCGUUUCCAGCCAGUUGGAUUUCGCGCUAUACAUGCUUCAUCAAAGAGACGUCAGAUGCGAAGAGCUGACCCACGAGCUGAUGCAGUUGCUCGAGGAACGCGACACGUUGCAGCUGCGUUUGUCAAAUGCGAUACGAAUAAACGAAGAGCUCAGAAAAGAAAUAGGUAACAUCGAAGAGAGUCCAGCGAAAGAUUCAUCAUCGGCCUCACAAGCGUUGCUUGAACCUGUCGUAGAACAACCCUCGCCUUCGAAAUCCGAAGGUCCGGUUGAGAUAGCGAAAGAAGCCAUCAGUGCCCCGCUCGAGGACAAGGAAGCUCUUAGCGUGAAGUUGUCGCAGUUGCAUUCGGUCAGCCAUUCAAAGGACGUGCGAUUAAAAGACGAACGGGAGUUAAGGCAUACGCAGCAAAUGUCUUUAUUAGCGCAUAGAGACGUUUUAAGCACAUUGCCUCCCGAAGCAGCCGCGAGGCUUGUCAACGCUAAUUACACACUCUCUCGGGACGUUCAGAGCCAAUCGAGCGUUCUCUUGAACUGGUUGUGGGGCAAGAGCACGCCGAAGGUGGUGCACAUGUGAUGAACGAAUAGCGGGAGUGGAAUGGCCAACGUUUUUGCCUUUUAGAGACAUUCCUGCCAAGUGCCAACUGCCAAGACUUAUUUCUGCAGUUAACUAUCGCGUAGUCGGUGCAGUCUGUAUUGUAUUUUUUAAGUGAUAAUAUCGUUUACUCGCUGACGGUUAUAAGGAAUUGCUUCCUGUGUGAGUACAUAUUGCAGAAUAUAUAGAGUUGGGAAAAGAAAUAUUUUUUAAAUCACAUGUACAGAGUGUAGGUAGUGCUCGUUCUCGAAAAAAAAAAGUCGCUCCUCUUCGAGAAAGAAGAGAAUACGGGGAGUAGACUAAAGUGUAUUAUAACGUUGUAUAGAGCUAAAGUGCGCGAAACUUAUGAUGAACCUUAAAACCUUAUUUUAAAUAUAUGCUUUUUUUUUUUUUUUUUUUUAAUGCGGUGACUAAAAAUUAUGUACACCAAACUCUGCGUCAAAAUUAUUGUAUCGGAAUUCCGCGUUACAAUAUGCGCGUGUAUGUCAGAAAGUCUCAUUUCUUAAUUGUAAAGUUGUAUAUCUUUUUUUGUGUAAAUUAUCUAAGAUUGUCUUCUCCGACUUUCCAGGUGCAAUUGUACUUUUAGUCACAUACACACAUACACACAUACACACACACAUACACAUACACAAUAAAAAAAAACCGCGAGAGACAAAUCUUAGAUAAUGCGGAAAAGUUAUUUGCGAUUGUAAAUUAUUCUAUUCUAUUUCCAUAAAAUUUUGUACAGAGAAAGAGAAGAAUUAAUAAAAAUUAAAAAUAUGAAACAAGACACAUUUCCUCUAGUUACAAACUAUACUAAGCGCAAUGUAAUUGAAAAUUAUGU